AUGUCUGCAGGUUCAAGUUCCUCCAAUGUCGUCGGCGUGCAUUAUCGCGUCGGCAAAAAGAUCGGCGAAGGCAGUUUUGGUGUCAUCUUCGAGGGCACCAACCUCCUCAAUAGCACACAAGUCGCCAUCAAAUUCGAGCCGCGAAAGACUGAUGCCCCUCAGCUACGAGACGAAUACCGCACGUAUAAGAUACUGGUAGGAUGUCCGGGCAUUCCGAAUGUCUACUACUUCGGUCAAGAAGGACUUCACAACAUCCUGGUAAUAGAUCUGCUUGGACCGAGUUUGGAGGACCUCUUCGAUCACUGCGGACGCCGCUUCUCCAUCAAGACGGUAGUCAUGCUCGCCAAGCAAAUGCUCUCACGCGUUCAAACAAUCCACGAGAAGAACCUCAUUUACAGGGACAUCAAGCCGGACAACUUCCUCAUCGGCCGUCCCAACACCAAGCUGCAAAAUGUCGUCCACGUUGUCGACUUUGGCAUGGCCAAACAGUACCGUGAUCCCAAGACCAAACAGCACAUUCCGUACCGCGAGCGCAAGUCCUUAUCAGGAACCGCUCGGUACAUGAGCAUCAACACCCAUCUCGGUCGAGAACAAUCUCGACGCGACGAUCUCGAAGCACUUGGCCACGUCUUCAUGUACUUCCUCCGAGGAGGACUGCCAUGGCAAGGAUUGAAGGCUGCCACCAACAAGCAGAAAUACGAGAAGAUCGGUGACAAAAAGCAGACCACUGCGAUCAAGGAUUUGUGCGAAGGCUUUCCUGAGGAAUUUAACAAGUACCUCUCCUACGUUAGAAACAUGGGAUUCGAGGACACUCCAGACUACGACCACCUUCGCGACCUCUUCACCAGGGCCCUCCAGCAAACCGGCGAAGUCGAGGAUGGCGAAUACGACUGGAUGAAGCUCAACAACGGCAAGGGCUGGGAUGUUCCUCAGCGACCAACCAACGAGCGUGCCAAUCCUUCAAAUGCCGCACUUGCAGGAGGCAUCAAUCCUCGCGCCUCCAAUAUUCCACAAGUCGACAAGGAGAAGCCGCUGCCCAGCAAGCCUGGCGCUGCUGCCCGCCCAUUGAACCCACAGGGCCGUCAAUCACAAGGACGACGGCCUGGCGCUCCUGGUGACUCCGCCAAACGGCAAAGCCAAAUGGGCUUGGACACUUCCGACCUUCGCAGCACGGCGGCUCAAUUCCAGAACAGUCGUGGCGACCUGAACCGUGGCGCCAGCACCAGCACCAACACAUCUCAACGGCUACCACCUCAACAGCAGCCGGCACCGCCUGCCGAGCAGCCCAAGGCAGGUUUCAUGACGAAACUGAUGAAGGCGUUGUGCUGUGGAUAG